AUGCGGCCGCGGGAGAAACCAGAAGCCGAGCGCGACCGAGUGUACGCGAACUUCGUCGAACGACACUGAUCAUCAACCCCCACCACAUCGUACCGGACCAUCGUCUCCCCACUCCCCGCGCGGGAGAUCAGUCGCGUCACGCACGUAAGAGAGAUUGGGUGUUGUUGCUCGCUUACUCGUUUAUUCUCUCUCGCUCAACUUAGAGGGGGCACUUGUUGAAUUUCAGGGGUUACGUUUUAGGUUUUUUGAAUGAAACUUUUGAUAUAUCGUUACAUAUCAACCGACUGACCGCAAAAUUCUCUUCCACGCGAACCGAUAUCACCUAUAUCGUAACUUCUUAUUAUUUUAAUUUAACGUUCAAAAUAUGAAUUUAUCCCUAUAAUUCUCUUAUUUAUAUUUGCUCGAACGUCCAAAGCUUGCUUUAUAAAUUAGUCUAUGUCUACCGUUUUCACUAGCUAGCAAACUGACCGUUUGUGUACGGAUUUAGGGGAUUAGCCGACGGUAACAAAACAUAACUGACCCAGUGCAAGUGCACUAGCAUAAGACUGACGUUCAUUCUUUGAAAUAUGAUCUUUCACCCUCGAUACCUUUCCGCACGUUUCUCUUUUAUACCUGCGGUUUGGUCAUUUUAUUUAAGACCAUUCACUAUAACUUUACGCCUUCCCCAACAUCGUUAGUGGUAUUUUAAGCGUUGUAUUAGAAUUUCCAGAAGCUGAUUCAAAAUUAUGUCGUUUACGUAUACCGAAUAAAUAUUGAUAAUACAUUUCAUAAUAUUAAUAAUGUUAAUUUGUCUAACAAAAUAAUAUAGAACAGAAAUAAGUUCAAAUAAUCUUAUGUAAAUAACUUUAGCAUCUGGUUCAAAUAUAAUUAAACUCGCGCGAAAUGAAAUGUGACGUUACGAAAGCAUAUCCUGCGUACAUCGACAAAAGGGGUCGUAAAUAACGCUUUUAAACUCGCACGUUAUACUGCUAAGCUCCUUUUGUCAGUUGAGCACAUUGUACUCGACAAAUGUUUACGAACAGCCGCAAAGUAGCGAAACGAUCAGGGUGACAGAACCGUCGCCUCCACCGUCGCCGGCAGCGGGGGUUGAAACGCGCAGUUUUCGUGCGGGUUUUCAGCAAGCGCGACAGAUUGAAAGGGGAAAGGCACGGUCCGAUUUCACCCGCGAGCUUUAAUUGCCUAAUUACGUUAACGCUCGAUUUUCGUGACGUGUCGACGAACCACGCGGGUUAAAUGAUUCCGUUAGUUUCAUGGAAAUUUCGCGCAUACUCUUCAUCCCCGAUUAAAAUAUGACCGCGCGAUUAUACAGCUACUUUUUUCCAUUUCAAAGCGGAAGCUAAUACAUCUGCCAAUUCAUUUUUAAUUAUGCGACAUUCCAUUUUAAUAUUCGAUACAUCAAACGUUUCAAUUAGAUAUUGAUGAUUGGAAAAAUAGAAAUUUCAAAUAAAAUAUUUAAUUAGUUCAUAUAUUGGCAAUCAACGGUUAACAAAUUAAUGUAUGAAUAAUUGCGAUCAGGAUGCCCAGCCAAAAUUCGUAGUAUUAUUAGUCGGACACGAACAGUUUAUGCAUGAUUUAAUGACAUAAAGGUGUCACGUCAGAUGUUGCUUAAAUUCUUGUAAAAAUAACUAUAUACCUAUCAUCAAUCAUUUGUGUACAAAAUGGCUGAGUUAGGUUUGGCUGGUUGUCAGUUACAGCAAACAAUCAAUCAGAGUAAAAAUCGGUUUUUCUUUUUUCGACAGAUUGAAAUUAGAAUAUUAUAAAAGUUUCGUAAGAUUUAAAAAAAAAUGCAGGUUAUGGAAAAAAAAAAGAAAACAAUGAAUGUUAUAGCGUUUCAAUUUCAAUAUUAAAGUUACAAGUUCAUCGACAUGGACGGUAGAUUACAGCUGACCAUUGCAAAAAAUUUGCUACCUCAUCAAAUCUUUGUUAUAUAGAACCUUCUUAACUAGGAAAUCGGUGCACAAUUUUAAUCUAACUUUAUAAUUAAUUCUAUCUUACUUGCAAUAGUAUCUACAGUUUUUAUUAUUUUUCGCUGGUUAGCUGGAAAAAUUAAUUAUUUAUUGGUGCAUAGCCCAAUUCAUUAAGAAACUUUUGAUAACGGCAAGGAUAUAAAUUAAUCGUAAAAACAUAUUACAUCGUAAUAUCAUUAAGUGCAAACUAGGGCAGACGGGAAAUGAUCAUUUCAGAAGUUACAUCCAUUGUUCCAACAUUGUUUGAAACUACGCUACAGCCAAUUCCAGUUCUAGCUCGAAAUUGUAACCCCCAACACAAUGGUGAAAUUGUAUUCGGAUAUCGCGUUCAUAGAACAAACCUAGGGUCAAAUUAUUGCCUAAAUCAUGACCUUUUAUACCUAUUGCAACAUUCCAGCAAGUAUCCAUACGUUCCACAAUUUAUAAUCCACAAUAUCGAACGGUAGCAAUUUUUAUUCGUAUUAUUCGAGCAACUAUUUUGCCAGGGGGUAUUUUUAUUGCGAUUUUUACGACGCUUCCUUCCGCCUCCUUCCCAUCGAUUCUGUUAUUUUAAAAAAAGGGGUGAAAGCGUUCGAUCCAUCCGACGGCGAACCUUCGCAUCACCUCAUAAACUUUGAAAACAUUUCUUAUAACCGGCGGAUAUUUUGCGGGGGUGGGAUUCCUGGCAGGGCUUAUCACGGCUGAGAUUUACUUGCUCCAGCGACAAGCUACAAAAGUAUUAAAAUAUCGCGUGAAUAGCGCAUUCUCCUAUCCUCUAUAGAAUAGGGGUGGUUUCGUGAAACAUCACUUUCUUUUUUAGCAUACCUUUCGAAGGAUAGAAUCUUUUCUACGUUAAACGUUUUUGUAAACAAUUUAAUAGAGGAACGAGGAAAAGACAUUUCUUUAUUUCAUAGUUAUUUCGAGUACAAAUGAAAUAUCAAAUAAAUGCGAACUCCUUGGUAUCGAAGGGGUUGAAGAGAAUUGCAAAUCGUUGAAAAGAAUAUUCGGCGAGACCGAUCGAGACGGGUCGAAGUCUCAACAAGGGUGUUCCGUCGCGUAAAGACAUGAAACAUGGAAAUACCGAUACCGCAUCUGAUCCCGUUCGAACAAACGUGGAGCGCAGAGGGGCUGAAGGGGAUGGCACAGGACGAAGACGUAGGAAGGCGCAAGGGUAGCACGGAGAGACGCGUACCUCACCUGGCAUACCGUGAGAGUAUCGCGACACAUUUUGAUCGAAUUCUUCUCGAGGUCGAGGAAUGCUGGUAUCUCCGCUCUCGUUUGCAUUCGGAAAGAAAUUCUCUGCACGAUGUACGAAGACACGGAGGAUGCGUCGGACAUUCACGAGGACUUCUUCAACGCGUUGGCUUUGCUGCAUUCGACGGAGGAUAAUAGCACGGAGAAACUUCGGAAAAUGUUGGACGUGAUUUUAGAAAGGAAAUAUGGUUUUGAGAAAACUUUGAUGGCCAGACUGCCAAAGAAAUUUCUUCGUAGCACGAAAAUCUCUGGUAAAUCCGAGAAUCGCGAGGAUGUCGCGUCCUGUAGGACAGGAAGUACCCCUCAGAGAGCUAUCGAUCUGUCUGUUGCAAAUAAUUCAACAGAUAGUAAUUGGGGGAGUAUAAAAGUGUUCGAUGCAGAUUUUGAGGACUACAGCGAGAAAGGGGACAUCCCAAGGAUAUCUAUUCCUGAUGAGGGCUCCGGAGAUGGACUUCUAUGCAAGGUCUGUAAUGGAGCAAAAUUAGGACCCUUGAUUCUGCUCGAGUGUCAAGAGUGUCAAGAAGUGUAUCAUCCUCUGUGCCAUCAGCCUCCUGUCGUCGACGUCGACGUUUAUGACCCUAGAAUCGUGUGGAGAUGUAGAAAAUGUAUAAACACUUCAAUCUUUUCUCCCGGUACUUUCGAUGAAGAGAAACUAAAGAGAACUUGUCCAUUCAACGACACCAAUAAACUUGAAGAAGUUUCUGUUAAAGAAGACACGUUGGAGAAAUUGAACGGCGGUCAUUCGAAAAAUGAAACGACUGUCGCUGUUCAAACUUUGAUGGAUUGCAAUGUAGAAGAUACAUUGAAUGCAAAACCCCUUAUGACCCAAAAGAUGUCGAGGAAUGUACCCUCGAGUCAGUUGAGAAAACGAAUCGGAUCGAAACUUUCGGUAACCCGUUCUGUAAUUAAAUAAUCAUAGAUUUUUUUAUUUCUAAA